AUGGACAAAGAUUGCGACAUGGUAUAUAAGAACAUCUCUGACCUUUACAAAUCCGAAGAAUUUAAGACCUACGACAACUUUGUUUCAUUAGUUGCAAAAUGUGUUUGGGAAAUAAGAGAUAAAGAUAGAAGAGGUAAGGUAUGGAACGAACAAAUAAGACCCGCUAUGUUCGAGAUGAAGAGAGCAAUUGACGCCUUAGUUGUUUUAGCAGGUAAGGUUUCAGAAUAUAACGCAAAAAUGAACCCGCAAUGUUCUAAAUGUAAAGCAGCAAUGAGGAAAUAUAACUACUCAGUCAAAGAGAUAGAAAGAAUGAGAAACGACUAUGCAGACUUAAAGAAAGAAGCAGAAAAGCCAGCAGAAGAUAAAAUGAACAUGUUAGCAUUUCUGAACAAAAACUAUCCAACUGCUGACGAUUUCCUUCUAUCUGACGUCAAGAAGAAGUAUAAAGAAACUUUCGGUAUCGUUAAAACAUUCGAUGUACUGACAGAAGAAAUAGAAGCUACGAAAUUGUUUAGAGUCAUGAACCAUCGCAACAUAUACCAUGUAAAACGCUUGUAA